CGGCCGGACGGCAGUCGGCAUGCGGCGCGCGCGGAGCGUCACGGGGCCGCUGCGGCGCGCCCACCCCGCCUCGGGCGCUACCUGGAACGUCCAGGUUGUAAAAGGGAAGAUGAGUUCGCAAUGUUUAUGGCACGCCUGUAGAGCACUCUCCGCUGGCCUGUUGUUGAUGCUGCUAGGGGCAGCUAUGGCAGUCAUUGGAUACUACGCGGAUACGUUGUCUGUGGCGCAGGAAAUUCGCGGCAACGCUACGGUGUCGGUGAAGGACGAGGCGCGUGGGUUCCACCUGAACAAUCUCUCCUACGCAGGACCUAUUGUUAUGGGCUUUGGAGGCUUCAUCGUAGUUGCGGCUUGCGUGAUGACAUUCGAGGCCCGCGACAGCGCGGCCAAGGUCACACCCGCGCGGCCGCAAGCCCUGCCGCGCCCAAUACCUAGGCGGGGCCCGCCUUGCGCUGCGCCCGCGCGGCUCGACCAACUCGGUGUGUACCGUCUACCGCAUGUGCUACCGCUACCGCACGCCCUACCGCUUGCGCCCGCGUACAGGCACCGCCCUCUACCCGCCUCCAACAGAGGUGGCGAUGAGCGGGUGAAAGGGCGGGCGCGGUUCGGCUCCGCGCCUGACCUGCGCCUCGGUCACACGCGCGCCGUGUCUGCGAGUGCGCUGCGUCGUCCGCUGCGGCGGUACGCGCUGUCCGUCGACGAGCCACCACAGUCCGCCGUUAGCGCUAGCGCAGCAGAGUCAGAAUGCGGUUCGCAGUCUUCAUUGGCACUAGACUUGCACGGCAGCGGCGCGUGCGCAGGCGUCACCCUGCGGGUUCGCGACAACACGCGACGCCGACCCCUGGCGCGCCAGCAACGACUCCUCGAUGACACUGUGCAACCAAUCGUCAGAGAAAAUACCGGGAGCAUUAUCAAUGCAGACGAUUCAGGUUCUAUCCAAGGUCAAAGGUCCAAUAACGAUGGGAGUACUAAUGAUGGUGUAGAAAUGACUCGGCUAUCGUGUGAAAGCAGGGAAGGAGAAAUGCGCGCGAGCAGCGCCCCGCCGGCGGCCGCUCCCACCCCGCCGGUGGCCGCCCCCACCCCACCGCUCUCCCCACGGCUGGUAGUCACCCACUGCACGUUUACAACCCCCCAGUCUUCAGACACCUGCAUACUCAUAGAAGAAUCCACCUCUGAUGCCACAGAAGUUACACCCGAAGUCUGAGAACAAUUCGUCUCGGAAAUCCGAGACCACACCGACUCUUGUUGAUAUUUUGUAUCGAUUAUACAAAUUUUUAAUCACUCUUUACUAUACCGUUCGUGGGCUAUCACGGAAGGUCUUUUCGAUGUGUUAUCGAAAAAAACGACGACAAUUAUCUAUUUUUUAGACCCAAUGUUGUAAAUUAUUAGAGAGAUGUAAUAAGCAUGUUUAUAAAGUAGAAUAAAAUGUCUGAUGGAGUUCGCUGAAUUUUAUACAGAUACUUAUUAAAUUUUAGUUGAUUUAGAUGAUGGUAUAUACCAUACUAUUUGGAGAGUACUAACUAUUGUAGGAAACUGUAAGAUAUGUUAAUACAAUAUCUGAGUGUUCCAAAUCAUAACAUUAAAAUUAUCAGUUAUUUAACUUCAUAGGUAUAGUAACUUCAUGAUUGCAGGAUAGCGGAAAAAAAUAUUUCAGAUGUGUUCUCUUUUAGAGAUUAAGUACAUGCAGCACAUAUUUUCAAUGGCCUCUCUAGAUAUAAUUGCCUACAUAAUCAUUAAAUUGGCCCCUUAAAGUUGGAUUUUUAUAAAAAAUUUAGUGCUGCCGCUAAAAUCAAAUUAAAUAAUUCAGCCUACUAAAAUGUCUUAACAUGAGUUAACAGUCAGUUAUUUUAAUUGAAUUUUUGGGUUUUAUUUUCUUGUAAGCCCAUUUCUAAAUUAAAAAGACUGAUAAAAGCGAAUUUUGUAAAAAAUACAUAUUUUUUUCAUGUUUAAUGUAAACCAUUACACUAUGAUAAUAAAUUAAAUCACUACUUCAUCAAUAAAAUUAAAAUCUCCAGGCUCAGUAGAUGAAUUGGAUAUAUCAUUUAAAACACAUAUAAUUACAAAAUAGAAUCUGCUUAAUAUCGUCGCGCCAGGAGGAGUCAAAUAUAUAUCUAAAACUACAGAUUCAAUAUUCUUAACUAUUUAAAAGCUAUCGAGCUAAAACAUUCAUUUGGUGGCUAGUAACGUUACAAUACAAAUAAUAUAUUUUAGGGUGCAGGAACUACAAUUUCUUUAAAAACUUUAUAGCAUCAAGAAUCUGAAAUAAUAAUUAUACUUAGAAAUAUAUAUAUUAUUUAAACAUUACGUAAAACAAAACACUGGGAAAAAGCAACUGUUAUUUAUUUAUUAUUUUGGUUGUUUUCUGUUAUUUUGAAUAAAGUUGUGUUGGACUCACUAAACAAAAGCGAAACUAUUCCCAAGAGAAUUCUUGGAUCCUCAGAGAUCAUGGUUGGGGGAAUAAGCAAUAACAAAUACAUAGUGAAUUAACAUGUAGUCUUAUUAGAUAUUUAAUGAAUUCAUAAGCAGAUAAUACAAUCAAACAUUAUGUAUUAUAUAAAUGAACAGUGUCAGUCACAACAGUGUGUUUGUCAAGGUCUAGCAGGAAACUCCUUAUUAGUAUUCCAUCUUAAAAAUACGUUGUUUCUUAAAAUAUGGUCAUGUAUCAUUAAUAAUAUUAUAAUAUUUACAACCGUACAAAGGACAGUCUUUCUUAACUAAUUAAAAAAAUGUGAUAUAUUAAAGAGCGACGAAAUGAGAGUGUAAAUCGAAUGAAUAUAAUGUAAACUGUUGCACAUUUUGAUGAGAGGUGUUUAAAAUAUAGCUAGAAUAAGUGUUUUGUAAGCGAAUACUUAAAUGUCACAUUGUAAUAAUUUAAGUGUAGAAUUAAGUAGAUUGUUUGUGACAAUACCCGUUCCCCCAUUUCUUCAAUAAAUUCUGAAUACAGAACUAAAAUAAAAAAAAAAUGGCAAUGUAACACAAAGAAACUUUACUGAAGACAAAUUAGUAGCCAGCACGUAAAAUACAUUUUGAGCGUCAUAGCACACAUAUAAACUGCGAAAGGCAUCGAUACCGCCUCGCCUUAUGACUUGCCGUAAAACAGGCGUUCACCUAACGUAAGGGUGCGGCCAGAGUGCACUCAGAUUCAGACUCAGAUUCAGAUUUCGAAAACAAGCGCGAGAAAUAAACAGUGUAGUCGAAGGGUACGGCCAGAUUGCACUCCUGAUUCAGAUUCAGAUUCAGACUCAGAAAACAAAGCGCGAGAAAAAGCAGGCAACCUGCUUAGACUACACUG